AUCGAACGGUUGGCGGGAUUUCCCCCCUCAAAUACCGCGCCCACUUUCUCCUCUGCGCCUGCCAUCUUCUUCUCACUGAACUUCCCCACUUCUCUAACCCUCUCCACUGACCUCAUUCAACAUUUUCGUCUACUCUGAAGCUGAAUCCCCGAUCGUCUUUUCUCCGGCGCAGCCUCUCGAUUCUCUUCUUCUUUCACAGUUCAGGUGAAUCUCGAUUUCGGAGGUUAUGGAUCCUCCAGCCCGUUCACUCUUUUCCAGUAAAGGGAGUUCCGGAAACCCUAAACGGAGAGCGAAGCGCCGCAGCCAAGAGCCGUUGGAUCCGGAGGACACGAAGAACCAUCCUUUGGCGGACACAGAUGCCUUAUCCUCCGCCGGUACCGACGAUGUUUACCAGCUAAUACCAGGUGGGAUUCAUCUUGUUAAAUGGGCGGUUGCCGAAUCUCUACCGUUUCUAUUCGUGGACAGUGUUGCUUUCCAGCAGACUUUCAUAAUUUUGAACCCGGCUGCCCCUAAGGUCACGAGUGUAAACGUUAGGAGAGGUGCGAUGAAGCUUUUCGGAACCGAGACCGAGUCUUUGCGCUCGACUCUUAGGGAUUUGAACUGUCGCGUCUCGUUGACCAGCGGGGUCUGGUCGUGGCCCUGGCCGGACCCUGACAAUUUCAUUCUAUCGGGGUUGACCCUGGCUUAUUUGUACUUGAGCUGUCAGUGGAUUGAUGAGAAUUGGGAGAAGCAAAGCAGGGUUAUAGGCUGGCUGCGGCUAGAUUGGCCGAUGGAGGAUCCUGAGAAUGUCUCGUCUUCGAUUAUGGAAGCCGUUUCGAAAUGGGGGCUCCAGGGUAAAAUCCUCUCAAUGAACUUCGAUGAUCUGAUUCUGACCAAUGUUCCUGAUACCGUUUCACAGCUGCGGUCUUCUUUGAAUCCGGUAUUCGAUGAGCGGCUUUUCCAUAGCAAAUGUGCGUAUCACAUUCUCAAUUCAUGUUUCGAAGAUGGGUUCUCAGUGAUUUCUACACAGCUCGAUAAGGUCAGAAAUGCUAUCGAUUUCAUCUACUGGGAUGAGGCAAGGACACUGCAGUUUAAAGAGAUGUGCAGCCAGAGCUGUGUGAGGCAUAAAAGAUUGCUUCCGGAUACACCGGAGUGGGUUAACACGACUUAUGAUAUGCUGGAUGCUUUCAUUCGCAAACGCCACAUACUUACUGAGUUUUGUAACCGUGAGUUUGCUGCUGGUACUUAUUGUCAUGAUGGAGAACCCUUAACAGAAGAUGAAUGGCAAGUUGUAUGCACCAUGAGAGACUUCUUUGAAAGGUUCAGGGCAGCUUUUGAUAUCUUCUGUAGCCUUUAUGUUCCGAAUACCAACUUGGUCAUCCCCAUACUUUUUACUCUGAGUGAAGCAUUUGCCCAGUAUAGAGAUGACAAACAUGUUGGUCAGUUUUGUGUUGGCCUGCAGGCUAAGUUUUCAGCUUACUGGGAUGGUGAAGGAAUCCCCAUGGUGUAUUGUCUUGCAACAAUCUUGGAUCCCAGAUACAAACUAGCUGGCUUGUUCAGGUUGUUGGAUGCUUAUCAUGCUAACAUGAAUUCCUCGAUUGGCAAUACGAAAGAUGAGGUUCAGGCUCUACUCUACAGAAUGUAUGAUGCAUAUUUUCAGCAGUAUAGCCCUACUCCGAUUCCCAAAGAUCUGGUUCGAGCAGAAGGCUGCAGCAGUAGCGGUACUAAAACUGCAGUUCGUCUUGUUCGUAGUGUGAGAAAGGGCGGUGAUGUGGAUUCUUACUCUGAGCUCAACUAUUACCUGUCAUCUAAUGAUGUGUCUGGUUUCAGCAUGGAAGAAGACAUUGAUAAACUGGACAUGUUUGAUGUCUUGAAAUGGUGGAAACAUAACCAGGUUAAAUAUCCGGUGCUGUCUACCAUGGCUCGUGAAGUAUUGGCGCCUCUAGCUUCAGCCAAAGUGCCGGAUGAUACAUUUGAUUUCCAUUCGCCGGAAGUUAACAGUCGUAGGUGGGAGAUUCGGCUAGAAACUGCGGAGAUGUGCGUUUGCCUCAAGGAUUGGCUCAGAGCUGCAAGUCAUGCCCAGCAUUUGUUUGUUGACAUGCACGCGGGAGACGUAAGUAGCGAUGAAGAGGAUGGUGAAAACGAUGAGGGGAAGGAUAUUAAUGAUGAUUGAGGAGGGAUUAGACGUACGUUUUUACCAGCUAGCUAGUUGAUUGUGUUUUAUAUAUUGUUGCUAUUCAGAAUGGUGAUGGCCAUUCUGGGGAAUGGAUGGACAAUUGAAAAAGACUUGGUUUGUGGGGGGAUUUCUUGUGGCCAAACUAUCUAUUUGGUUGCACUUGUGUGAAAAACUGUCAUUGAUAGUAGUGUGAAGUAGUGUUCAAUUAUCUAUUCGAUUGGCUAGUCAUAUUCUAGACAGUUCGUGUUCAUCUAUAGUUGUAGACUUGUAAUCCAAAGUAUUAAGCAGACACUCCAUAUUUAGGGCAUCUUUAGGACGACUGGACGAGGCCGUCAUGAGAAGAUUUUAGUCAUUGUAUCUGUAGAUGGGUAGCAAGACAACAUAUAUACUAAAUAACUAGUCACGGG